AGCUAUGGAAACUCGUCGCUGGCAACAUCCACCAGUCUGUCCUGCUCCAUCCUCAUACCUAACCUCUCAGAGGUGCUGAGUGCGUGUGCUCCUGUAACCGAUAUAUGAGACGCUGCAAGAUGGCGAUUCCACAACUCAUCGUUUGUUUUGUUCUGUACACCAGCUUAGGUCACAUCCCAUCAUCACUUGGGGUAAUCCUCCGAACCACGGACAAAGUUGUGUGGGCAAAUGAAUUUGAGCCCAUCGAGCUGACCUGUUUAAUAGAGUCCAUCUCAACAAACAACCCGAGGAUUGAGUGGAAAAAGAUUAAGAACGGUGUCCCCAGUUAUGUGUACUUUCAAAACAGGAUAGCAGGGGACCUGGAGCAGAGAGCUCAGCUCAGAGAGCCAGCCAACAUCCUGAUCCUUAACACCACUCGGGCCGACACGGCAGAGUACCGCUGCGAGGUGGCCGCCAUCGACGAUCAAAGGGACUUUGAUGAGAUACUUAUUAGCCUCGCAGUAAGAGUGAAACCUGUUGUACCACGCUGCCGUGUGCCAGAUGCGGUCACCGUUGGAACAUCAACCGAGCUGCGAUGUCUGGAGAACGAAGGCUUCCCUGCUUCUCAGUACCGCUGGUACCACAACAACGAGGAGCUUCCUCAGGAGCCCAAAAACAGCCCGAAGUCCGCCAACUCUUCCUACAUCAUCAACCCUGACACUGGAGGCCUGAAAUUCCGAAGAGUGAGGAAAGAGGACGCAGGGGACUACUACUGCCAGGCGAGGAAUGAUGCCGGAUAUGCACAGUGUCCCUCACAAAUGAUGGAAGUCUAUGACGUCGACUACCUCGGGAUUUUCCUCAAGGCGUUAGGUGCAGUGACUGUUUUCGUCUGUUUGACUGCCUCCAUUUGUCAUUCCUUUAAACGUGGAUGCUUCCACAAAAAAGGUCACAAUGAAAAUAACUACAAUUGGCCAGCACAGAAUGAUGGUGUUGUAUAUGGCGAUGCAGAUGAGGGCCAUUUUCGCCACAAGUCUUCAUUCAUCAUUUGACAGCCGAGACGGAGGACAAAAUGGAACCACAACAAAAGCAAAAAACAAAGGUUAACUUGCUACAAUGAUGGUCCACAUGGUAAAAUUUAAGGUGUAACAUGGCACAUUAUUCUCUGAUGCACAUCAAACUCAAAUAAACCAACUUGCCAAAGUAAUUUUAAUAUCAUUUUGUGGUACUGUUUCAUGUUUUUUAUAAAGUGGUAGCAUUUUUUAUUUUCUUCUCUGUCGGUAUUAAUUCC